AUGAACCUGCCGCCGAAAUCCAUAUUUACAGGAAGCGCCGCUACCCCAGACUCCACGAACCGAGAGAACCGCCGACUGAGCACGCCCGAAUACCACAAGAGUCUCGCGCCCGCGACCGAGCUCUCGAAGCUUUCCACACCGCUCGAGCGGCCAUCGCUCCAAUCCGCAGAACCUCCCACCCCACACGAGGCCUCAUGGACGCACCGCACACCCAUCCACCGCAGUGACACGCUCCGAUCUUCGUCUUUUGUGGGGCACAAUCGCGGCGCCUGGAGCACCAGCGGCGCCGUGAAGACACCGCCCGCGGUCGCUGGUACAAAGCGCCAGUUGUCGCUUGAGCAACCUUCCCCACACGUCCCUGAUCCUGCGAGCGAACCGCUGGUGAAGCGGCGGCGCGUGAGCCGAACGCGACAUUCACUCGACCAUUUGAGCUUUGCCCAAUCUGCCAAGCUCUACGACAGCGAACAGCCUCCGUCGCCGCUGUUCUUUUCGCAUUCGCGCCGCAUCCGACCCCACCUACCUGCCCGCUUCUCGAGCUCCGAGGCCGCGGCCAGGAUGCUCAGCAAAACCCGCGAGGACAGCGGCAUCAAGACGGUGACACUGGCGAGGGGCACUUUUUCUGGCCUGAGCCCAUCAGGGCCGACGAGCGCAGCGAGCGGCAGGAGCUCCGACCGGUCAAGCUUGCCGCGAACAGCUUCGCCUGAAGCGCGAGAUCGCAAUGACCCCCUGCGGUUGCUGGGAUCGGUAGGCAUUGUGGAGCUCCUCGAGCAGGAUACACGGCCAACUUUUAUCGUAGACAUUGGAGAUGAUGCAAACUUUACACCAGAGUCGCCAGGGUUGCAGAUCCUGUUCGCGAACAGCGCCUUGCGCUCGAGCAUAGCCACCUGGGAAAUGGUCGCUGGAAAAUUGUCGAAUCUUUUAGGAGACGAUCCGACUGCGCAUGCUUCUAGUCAGUUCAAAGGAUGGCUGUUGAGCACAGUAAUACAAGGUGAAAGUCUGGACGUGAACCCUUCGCCGGUGGAACAUGGUGGCAUAGUAUGGUCUUGCUAUACUUUACGAAAACGUCUACGGGUGGCAUAUGGCGCAGCGCCAGGCCCUCCUGUAUCUAGCAUCCCCUCGACGAGUGCCUCCCUUGAUUUUGCCGCCCCUACGCCGUCAAAAGACCCCACACCGACCACCACAGAAUUGAAUGCAUCGCCUACACCACCAAACGAACCGCAAGACUAUUUUGGAACCAGCCCCGCCCUUGCCGUCAAUGAAGACUUUGACCAGGAGCCUCGCCCUGUUCUAUCACCAGAACACGUUCCAAAGUCCGAACCCAUAGCCGCCGAUAAGCCUUCGAUAAUCCCUUUCCAGAGACCAGACAAGCCCCAUCUGCCAGAUUUCAGCGAAAGUCCGUCGUUUACCAAUGAGUGCGUGCUUCGUGCCCAUGCUGCAGGCGACGUUGACGCUUUCAACAGAAAUACAGACCCUAGCCUACCCCCGGAACAUGAUGUGGGCUUUUUCGACUGGACAAGGCUGUCUUUGUCGCCUUCCUUACCAAGACACAUUCAAUUCGCGCGUUCAAUCGACUGGGCUUCGACACCUUUAGGACCUAUAGAAUUCUGGUCUAAUGAUCUUAGAGCCAUGUGCAAUCUUAUAAUGGCAUCUCCACAUCCUGCGGCCAUGUAUUGGGGCGAAGAAUUGGUUGCUAUUUACAAUGAGGCUUACAUUGGUCUUGCUGGCCAGAAACAUCCCACUCUUAUGGGCCAAAGCUACAAGAUUGCUUGGGCUGAAAUUUGGGACGAAGUGAAAGACGUUUUCACAAAUGCCAGGUUAACCGGUCAAGCUACAAUGAAAGAUGAUGACUGUCUGUUCAUGAAACGCAGCGGCUUCUUGGAAGAGGCAUAUUUCUCGUGGUCUAUUAUACCCAUGGUUGGCGAAGAUGGUACCGUCAUGGGUCUAUACAAUCCAGCUUUCGAAAAGACCAGAAGAAAAAUAGCCGAGCGGCGAAUGUUGACCUUGCGAGAAGUCGGCGAGCGUACAGCGACUGCGCGAGACGUGAAGGGCUUUUGGGAACAAGUUCUCUUGGCUUUGACCGACAAUGAAUAUGACACACCAUUCGUCCUGCUAUAUUCUGUAUCCGACGACACCGACAGCGAUGCUUCAUCCCUGCACUCUAGUAGUUUGCUUGGGUCGAAACAGUGUUAUCUAGAGGGCUCGUUGGGUGUUCCAGCCAGUCAUGCAGCAGCACCUGAACAGAUUGACUUGAAAGAAGGUACCGAAGGCUUCGGUCCAGUGCUGAGGGAGGUUAUGAAGACCGACAAGCCCGUUGUGCUUAGCAUUGGCUCUGGAGAUCUUCCUUUCGAGAUGCUGGACGGUCUGGAGUGGCGCGGAUUUGGAGACCCGUGUCGGGACAUAGUGAUCUGUCCUAUCCAUCCGACGACUGGAGAAUCAAUCCUUGGAUUUCUGGUUAUGGGUAUUAAUCCGAGGAGACCUUAUGAUGAUGAUUACAACCUCUUCGUGCAAUUGCUCAGCCGACAACUUGCUACUUCGCUAGCUUCUGUUGUUCUCUUCGAAGAGGAGAUCCGCAGAGGCCAAAAGGCCGCGAAACUUGCAGCAGAGGAUCGCUUCCAUCUUUCAGAGCAGCUCGCCGCGCGGACACAAGAAGCUCGAGAUAGUGAAACUCGUUUCACGCGUAUGGCAGAGUACUCGCCUGCUGGUCUCUUCAUCGCAGACCACGUUGGCCGUAUAACGUAUUGCAACGACACUUGGUAUGAGAUCUCAAGAGUCCCAAGAGAUCCCGAAAAGACGAAUAACUGGAUGGAUUACGUCAAAAUGGAAGACCAGGGUCUGAUACACGAAAAAUGGAAGAGACUGGUCGAGAAUGCUACAGCAAUAAACAUAGAAUUCCGGUUCAAGACUCCUUGGCAAGAUCGAAAUGGCAACAAGGGUGACACCUGGGUCUUGUUUUCCGCCUUCCCAGAGAAGUACGAAGACGGCAUGCUGAAGAGUGUAUUCGGCAGUAUCACCAACAUCAGUUCCCAAAAAUGGGCCGAAGGCUUUCAGAAGAGGAAGAUGGAGGAGGCUGUGGAACUUAAGCGGCAACAGGAGAACUUCAUCGACAUCACGUCUCAUGAGAUGCGGAACCCCUUGAGUGCCAUUUUGCAAUGCGCCGACGAGAUCUCGACCAUCCUAAGCGACUUUCGGACAUCUGGCGCUCGGGAGAUACCUCAGCGGCUUCUCACUGACAGUAUCGAUUCAGCACAAACCAUUGCGCUGUGUGCACAACAUCAGAAGAGAAUCGUUGACGACGUGCUCACGCUCUCGAAACUUGAUAGCGCUAUGCUUAUGGUCACACCUGUCGACGCACAACCCUUGCAGGUUGUCCAGCGUGCCCUCAAGAUGUUCGAAGGAGAAGUGCAGACGGCAGGUAUUCAGAUGGAAUUCGUGCUGAGCGACUCGUACAAGAAGCUAAACGUUGACUGGGUGAAGCUUGACCCUUCACGCGUGCUCCAAGUACUCAUCAAUCUUACAACGAAUGCAAUCAAGUUCACUACAACCGAGUCAAACCGCACUAUCAAAGUCUUACUAUCCGCGUCUAAAAUACCACCUUCAGCCAGUCCAAAUCCUUUGGUCAAUUUCUUCCCGUCAAGAUCCAAGCGCGUAGAGCAAACGCUUGGACCUGACUGGGGUAAUGGGCAAGAAAUAUACCUGGAAUUUGCCGUUCAGGAUACCGGACGUGGUCUUAACCAAGAAGAGAAGAAGUUGCUCUUUCAACGAUUUUCCCAAGCCAGUCCUCGUACCCACGUUCAAUACGGUGGGUCGGGCCUGGGCCUUUUUAUCUCCCGUGAGCUCACUGAGCUACAAGGCGGUGAGAUUGGUGUGGCAUCUGAAGCUGGUAUAGGCAGUACCUUCGCUUUCUACGUCAAGUGCCGCAAGACGAGCGAGCCCAAGGAGGCAAUUGAAAUGCCGAUAACGCUUGGUCGAAGGAUCUCGAAUGCGAAGGAGAGGCAUCACGUCCAGCUGCAACCGCCCAGAGUUAAGGAUUUUGCGUCGGCCCCGCAAGAUAACGCAGUCAACAGCAAGAGCAAAGCACCGGCACCGAAACUGAAGGUUCUGAUUGUCGAGGACAAUCUAGUCAACCAGAAGGUAUUGCGUCGUCAACUCGAGAACAGCGGCAUCACUACCCAUGUAGCCAACCAUGGCGGCGAAGCCAUCGAAAAGCUCAAGCAGUCGCGUUACUGGAAGGGCCAUGGUUCUGACGCUGUCGACCUUGGGGUCGUUCUCAUGGACAAGGAGAUGCCAGUAAUGGAUGGUUUGCAAUGUACUAGCAAGAUUCGGGAGUUUGAAGGCCAAGGGUUACUAAAUGGGCAUGUUCCUAUCAUUGCUGUUACGGCGAAUGCUCGGAGUGAGCAGAUCGCUACGCUUUUGGAGGCUGGCAUGGAUGAUGUCGUGUCGAAGCCUUUCCGCAUUGCGGAGUUGAUACCUAAGAUUGAGGAGCUUACGUUGAAGCAUUGUGAUUCCAACUCCGUGGAAACGAUAGUCGUCCCGAGUAGACCGAGUACGCCGCCGUAUGCGAUAUGA